AUGAUUUAUAAUUUUAAAAAAAUGAACAGGUGGACUUGGAUUUGUGAGAAGUGCAGAGGCGAUUCUAGGCGUCACGUGUCAAACUUUCCUUUGGAGGAAGUGUUACAGUGGGCCCAGUCAUUUGAAAAAUUGAUGGCUACAAAAUAUGGUCCAGUAGUCUAUGCAGCACAUUUAAAAAUGGAGCACAGUGACGAGAACAUUAAAUUCUGGAUGGCGUGUGAGACCUAUAAGAAAAUUGCCUCCCGGAGGAGCAGGAUUUCCAUGGCAAAGAAGCUUUAUAAGAUUUACAUCCAGCCACAGUCCCCUAGAGAGAUUAAUAUUGACAGCUCUACAAGAGAAACUAUCAUCAAGAAUAUUCAAGAACCCACUCAGACAUGUUUCGAAGAAGCUCAAAAAAUAGUGUAUAUGCAUAUGGAAAGGGAUUCCUAUCCCAGGUUUCUGAAGUCAGAAAUGUACCAAAAACUUUUGAAGACUAUUCAGUCUAACAACAAUUCAUGA